AUGUCUGUGAGUUUCUCCACACUUGUGCAGCGUGCACGCCCGGCCUCCCACCACGCCACUUCGCAGGCCCUGCGGGAUGUCCUCGCGAAACUCCCGCCGACGCACAUCUCCACCGUUGGCGCCGCCGGUGUGCGUGUGGCGAGCGAACGUGCCAUUGGAGCCCCCGCUGCUCUCAACACCACCGCAGCGGCGGCGGCUGCGAAGACGACGGCACCCCGCACGGCGACGGUGGGCGUGUGGUUGGACGCCGGCACCCGCGACGAGGCGGCGACGGCGGCGGGGACGGCCCGAGUGCUGCACGCCUGCGGCCUGCGGGGGACGGAGUCGCACACGCAGCAGCAACUCGCCCGCGCGGUGGAUGAACUCGGCGGUCAGAUCUCCAUCGACGUUGGCCGCGAACACACACGGCUGGUGAUGCAGGUGGCCCGCGCCGACACGGAGAAGGCCGUCGCGCUGCUCGCCGACGUGGUGCGGAAUGCCCGACUGAGUGAUGCGGAUGUGCAGGCGGCGAAGGAGACAGUGCUGCGGGAACAACACGACUUUGAAAAGCGACCGGAUGAUAUCUGCAUGGAUAACUUAUUCCGCUGCGCCUACGAUAGCACCACACACGGACUGGGCACACCACUCUACGGCACAGAAACAGGCGUCGCCCGCGUAACGGCGGAACAAUUAAAGACGUAUCGCAACAAUAUUUUGCAGGGAGAUCGCGUGGUGGUGGUGGGAGCCGGUGAUGUGGACCACACCGCACUGGAGCGGGCCGCUGAGAUGUACUUUGGGGAUUUACCAAAGGGAAGCCGCAAGGUAGGUAAUAGUGUGAAGAGUAACAAUCGCGGUAAUCUUCCCGAAUCCCACUACGUGGGUGGAGAAUAUAAAUUGUGGAAUCUCCGCUACAAGACGGUUCAUAUUGCCUGGGCAUUUGAGACCUGCGGUGUGGCCUGUGAAGAUUCCCUUCCACUCGCCCUGGCGUGUGAGAUUCCCGGACCAUUUCAUCGUUCCCAGCAUGAGUUGGGACAACAUGCGAUGCAUCGUGUGUUAAAGACCUUCUGUUCACUGGACCACAGCACCCCAACCAACACUCACUUUAACGAGAAGUGUAUUGAGAUUGCCAAUCCAUUCCUGCACCAGUACAGAGAUACAGGUCUGUGCGGUAUGUACAUUGUCGGUCGUCCAGCCCAGAGUGGACCUGGUGAUGCGGGUGCGAUGAUUGAAGUCUUCCAGUACACCAUGGCUGAGUGGUGCCGUAUCUGCCAGAAGAUGUUGCACAAGAAUGAAUUGGAACAGGCAAAGGUAAACCUUAAGGCACAAUUACUGUUUAACAUGGAUGGCAGCAUGAACUCUGCGGAGGAUAUUGGACGUCAAGUCUUACACUACGGACGCCGUAUUCCACUGGAGGAGAUGUACGCACGUAUUGAUGAUGUCACUCCCACCAACGUGCAGGAGGUGUUGCAGCACUACUUCUAUGGCCGUAAGCCAGUAUACAGUUAUCUUGGCUACUGCGCCAAUAUCCCUGGUUAUGACUGGACCCAGCACUGGUCAUACAAGUACUGGUAUUAG